AUGAAGAAAAUCAGCCGGAUUCUCAGCCCAGAUUACACUGGACCUGUGGAAAGUUCAGAAGAAGAGGAGGACGGCAGUGACGCCAGAGAAGCAGCUCUAAAGACCGCCCUGCACAUUUUAAAAGACAUGAAAGCGCGAGACCUGAUUAAAAAGCUGACUAAAUUUGAACGCGUAUACACGCUUCAGAAAAAAAUCAAAUCCGACCUGAAGCGCAGGAGCGAGCAUGUGUUUGAAGGAAUCGCUAAGCAAGGAAACCCGGCCCUUCUGAAUAAGAUUUACACCGAGCUCUACAUCACAGAGGGUGGAUGUGGAGCCCUCAACCAUGAACAUGAAGUGAGACAGAUCGAGUCACUGAACAGAGUUCCAGUGGCGCAUGAGACGCCAAUCAAAUGCAACGAAAUCUUUAAACCGCUACCGGGCCAAAACAAACGCAUCAGGACCGUCCUGACCAACGGUGUAGCUGGCAUCGGAAAAACUGUCUCCGUCCAGAAGUUUAUCCUGGACUGGGCUGAAGGAAAAGCCAAUCAAGAUGUACAUUUCUUGUUUCCGUUGCCUUUUCGGGAGCUGAAUCUCAUGAGGGAAGAGCGACACACCAUGGAAGGACUUCUUCAGCUCUUUUUCAGAGAAAUGAAAGACUUCCCGCUCUCAGAACUCGAAAACUAUAAGGUGGUUUUCAUCUUUGAUGGUCUGGAUGAAUGUCGACUUCCUCUAGACUUCAAAAACUAUGAGAGAUGUUCGGAAAUAAUGAAACCAACAUCGCUGGAUGUUCUUCUAACAAACCUUAUAACAGGGAAUCUGCUUCCAUGCUCUCGGCUCUGGAUCACUUCCCGACCAGCAGCCGCUAACCGGUUACCCGCUAACUGCAUCGACCAAGUAACGGAGGUGAGGGGAUUCAAUGACCCCCAAAAAGAAGAGUACUUCUGCAAGAGAAUCAGAGACCAAAGUUUGGCCAACAAGAUAAUCCAUCAUGUGAAGUCCUCCAGAAGUCUUCAUAUCAUGUGCCAUAUUCCUGUCUUCUGCUGGAUCUCUGCCACGGUGCUUGAGAGGCGGUUGGGCGAAGUAGGGAAUCAUCUCAUGCCCAAAUCGCUGACUGAAAUGUACACCCAUUUUUUGAUCUUUCAGACAGUACAGAGAAAUGAAAAAUAUACCGAAGGGAAAGACAUGCAGCUUUGCUUUACCAAGGAAAACCUUCUUUCACUCGGAAAGCUAGCUUUCCAGCAACUCCAUAAAGGUGACUUGAUCUUCUAUGAAGAAGACUUGCAGGAAUGUGGCAUUGACGUCAAAGAGGCAUCCGUCUAUUCUGGAGUCUGCACGCAGAUCUUCAGAGAGGAGUUUGCGCUAUACCAGAGAAAGGUCUACAGCUUUGUGCAUUUGAGCUUCCAGGAAUAUCUUGCAGCUUUGUUUGUGCACCUAUGCUGGGCUGGCGCCACUGAAUUUAACCAGCUUCAAGAUCAUAACCUCCAGAAGCUUUGCCUUGAUUCAACACUUUUCGAUUUGCACAAAAGCGCGGUGGACUUGGCUUUGCGCUCAAGGAACGGCCACUUGGACCUCUUCCUCCGAUUCCUCCUCGGUCUGUCUCUGGAAUCCAAUCAUAACCUGCUGCAUGGUUUACUGCCGAAGAAAAUGCGCGCCGAUCGGACCUGCCAGGAAACCGUGACCUACAUAAAGCUCAAGCUUGGGGAGAACCUUAGGCCCGAGAGCGCUAUUAACCUGUUCCACUGUCUGCAAGAGCUUAACGAUCAUUCACUCGUACAGGAAAUUCAAACCUACCUAAACACGAAGUGUCUCUCGGCAGAAGUGCUCGCGCCAGCACAGUGGUCAGCUCUGGUCUUUGUGUUGCUGACCAGUGAGAAGAAGCUGGAGGUGUUUGACCUAAGGAAAUAUGUCAAGUCAAACGAAGGAUACAAACGGUUGAAACCCGUAGCCAAGGCAUCCAGGACUGUCAUAUUGUCUUCAUGCAACCUUACAAAGGACAUCUGUCACUCACUGGCCAGCAUUCUUCUUUCGAACUCUUGCGCUAUUACAGAGCUGGAUUUAAGUUACAAUUGCCUGCAGGACAAAGGAGUGGAACAACUGUGCCGUGGAUUGAAGAGUAAAGACUGUCGACUGGAGGUGCUGAAGCUCUCGUGUUGCGGAUUCACCGAGAGAGGAUUCUCAGCCCUGGCUUCGGCUCUGACGUUAAACCCCACAUGCCUGAGAGAGCUGGAUCUGAGUAAAAAUUUCCCUGGCAAGACAGCAAUGGAGCAGCUGUGUGCAGCUGUGAGACAGUCCACCUGCACUCUUCAAACGUUGUGCAUGGACCAAUGUGGCCUUGACUCAGAAAUAUGCACCGCCCUUGCCAAAACCCUUAGCCAGAGCUCGAGUCUGAGAGAGUUGAGCCUCAGCAAUAAUGAACUUGGAGAUGAGGGUGUAAGGAUGCUCUUCUCUGGGCUACAGAGUGGACGUUGCUCCCUGAAGAUCCUGAGACUGGCUAACUGUUCCCUGACGAACAGCAGCUGUGAGUUCUUGGCCCCUGCACUAAGCUCGAGCACCACAGGCCUGUCAGAGCUGGACCUGAGCGGCAACAGCUUCAGCGAAACCAGAGCCAGUUUCCUGUGCUCGAUAUCAAACAUAAAUCUUGCACUGUGA